GUCAGCUGAGAUAUUCUAUUGCGCACGAAAUGGCGCCAAAUGAGCAACCGAAAGCAAGUUCUACUGAAUCAACGGUCAAAUAUCUGGAAGUGUUAUUUAAUACGAUUAAUCAUGUUUUGAUCGGUUAUGUCACCAUAUAUCUAUCCUACGUGUCGUACAUGAAUGGAUUCGAGCAUUUAUUUACGUGGCACCUGUUUCUUUGUACAAUCGGUUACCAUUUCUUCAUGGCUGAGUCUUUCCUGACACUGUACUCCUCAAAUUCAUGGACGUCAUUAAAUACGGCUGGGACGAAACGACACCUGCAUUGGAUUCUGCAGGCCAUCGGAUUUGUAGCGAUAUUUGUUGGCACUGGAAUCGAGAUUUACGUUAAAGAGCAGAACAAACGCGCUCAUUUCAAAUCGGACCAUGCAAUAACAGGUCUGGUUUCAAUGGUAUUUAUUGUAUUAUCAUUGUUGAACGGAAUAGCGUCAUAUUUUGCGGUGAAGAUCAAGCACAUUAUCAGGCCCAUCUAUGUUAAACUUUGCCACUAUUUAACCGGCAUAGUGGCGUUUGUCAUUGGAAUGGUUUCAUUAGCGUUAGAAUAUUCACCGAGAAGAAUGCAAUCGGUCGAAAAUAAAAAUAUGCUGAUUUCCUUCACAACAAUCGUCAUUGCUCUUACUUUGAUUGGAGCCGUGAGGACAAUGUACGGCCAGUUCAAGGGGCUCUGUCGAUGAGCCGGAACUAUUACUCAUUAGGUAAUAAAUUUGUGAAUUAUUCUACUUUGUAUACAAUUUAUUGUGAAAAACAAACAAUGCGACAUUUUUUCCUGUUUCAUA